CCGAUGUUCGAGUCAAAAAUCCCAUCUCGGCGUGAGCUGUCGACGUUGAACGCUUGCAUCCCACCUCGCCACCAACGCCACGCAUCCUCACCCCAGCCUCCAAGUCAACAGAUCGAGUUGACUCGCCGCUCCCCAGAGGUGUAUAUGAUCACGCGCCACAUCCUAGCGGCACGCCUCCCUUUCCUUUCUCCCCGCUUCAACCCCCGCCCAUUUGCAGCAAGGGCCUCUGCUCAACGCUCCAUCCCCUUUCAGCUCGCCUCACUCUCCCACUCUCUUCACACCACCCCCGCCGUCAAAAUGCCAGAGGCCGCCGGCGCCCCCGUGCCUCACGAACCUCUCGUCGGCAAGACCGAGACCCAGCAGCCGCCCAAGCAGAAGCAGCCGAAGCAGCAGCAGCAGCAGCAGCAGCAGCAGCAGGGCAAGAAGAAUGACAAGAAGGAGAAGAAGGGCGGCGGUGCUGUCACCGAGCUAAACCCUCCUCCUGAGUGGUUCGCCGAGCGCAUCAAGAUCUUUGACGACUACAUGGCAAAGUACAACGACUUUGUUGCCAAGCAGGAGCGCUCCCCUAUCACCGUCACGCUUCCAGAUGGCAAGCAGGUCGAGGGUACGGCAUGGGAGACCACCCCGAUGGACAUUGCCAAGGGCAUCUCGACGUCGCUGGCCGACCGUAUCAUCAUCGCCAAGGUUGACAACCAGGAGUUGUGGGACCUCACGCGCCCUCUGGAGAAGAGCGUUUCGCUCGCCCUCCUUGACUUUGACUCGCCCGAAAAUGACUACGAGGCGCGCCAGGUCUUCUGGCACUCGUCUGCUCACGUUAUGGGUGAGGCGUGUGAGCGCUCGUUCGAGGGAUGCUGCCUCGGCUACGGCCCUCCUCUCCCUGAGGGUGGCUUCUUCUACGACAUGAACCUCGCCAACGAGAAGACUAUCGGACCCGAGGACUACAAGCAGAUCGAGGAGAUCUCAAAGAAGGCGGUCAAGGAGAAGCAGAAGUUUGAGCGCCUUUCCUUGCCAAAGGAGGUGCUCUUGGAGAUGUUCAAGUACAACAAGUACAAGCAACACUAUAUCAACGAGAAGGUCCCUGACGGUACUGAGUCGACGGUCUACCGCUGUGGUCCCCUUAUUGACCUCUGCCUUGGUCCCCACGUUCCCCACACCGGCCGCAUCAAGUCGCUGGCCGUCACCAAGAACUCCUCGUCUUACUUCCUCGGCGACAAGGACAACGACUCGUUCCAGCGUGUCUACGGCAUGUCCUUCCCGGACUCGAAGCAGAUGACCGAGUGGAAGAAGCUGCAGGAGGAGGCUGCCAAGCGCGACCACCGCAAGAUCGGUCUUCAGCAGGAGCUCUUCUUCUUCUCCGACCUCUCUCCUGGCUCGCCAUUCAUGCUCCCUCUCGGCAUGCGCAUCUACAAUGCGCUGAUGAAGUUCAUUCGUGAGGAGUACCACAAGCGCGGCUUCGUGGAGGUCGGCACCCCGAACAUGUUCAACUCGAAGCUCUGGCAGACCUCGGGCCACUGGGAGCACUACAGCAAGGACAUGUUCUUGCUCAAGGUCGAGGAAGAGCAGUUCGCGCUCAAGCCCAUGAACUGCCCCGGCCACUGUGUUGCCUUCGACCACCGCGAGCGCUCGUACAAGGAGCUGCCGCUCCGCAUGGCCGAGUUCGGUGUGCUGCAUCGCAACGAGGCGUCAGGUGCGCUCUCUGGCAUGACUCGUGUGAGGCGAUUCGUGCAGGACGACGCACACAUCUUCUGCACGGUCGACCAGAUUGGAGACGAGCUGCUCGGCGCCAUUGACUUCCUCGAUGCCGUGUACAAGCCCUUCGGCUUCGACUACAAGGUCGGCCUGUCGACGCGCAACCCCGAGAAGUGGAUGGGCGACCUCGAGGUGUGGAACAAGGCCGAGUCGUCGCUCAAGGAUGUGCUCGAGGCCAAGAUGCCUGGCCGUUGGCACAUCAACGAAGCCGACGCCGCAUUCUACGGCCCCAAGCUCGACUUUGACCUCACGGAUGCGCUCGGCCGCAAGUGGCAGUGUGGCACGAUCCAGCUCGACUUCCAGCUCCCCGAGCGCUUCAACCUCUCGUACCGCGGCCCCGAGCAGCCCAACGCCGACGGCACGGGCAACUUCCACCGCCCCGUCAUGAUCCACCGCGCCAUUCUCGGCUCGCUCGAGCGCUUCCUUGCCAUCAUUACCGAGAACUGCGCCGGCCGCUGGCCGUUCUGGCUCUCGCCCCGCCAGGUUGUUGUCAUUCCCGUCGCCGCCCUGUAUCGCGACUACGCCACCAAGGUCGCCAAGGCGUUCUCGGACGCCGACAUCUACGCUGAGGCUGACUUGUCCGACAACACGCUCAACAAGAAGAUCCGCAACGCCCAGACGCAGCAGUGGAACUUCAUCCUCGUCGUUGGCCAGGACGAGCUCGACGCGGGCGCCGUCAACAUCCGCAACCGUGACGACGAGGUGCAGGGCCGUGAGGAGACUGUCAAGCUCGAGGAGGCGAUCGCCAAGCUCGUCAAGCUUAAGUCUGAGCGCCAGCGUAUCUCCAAGGUCGCUUAGUUGUUAGAGGGAGUGGAUCAUGCAUGCAGAUAUAUUCGAUGAGG